AUGGAUAUUGUUUCGCUAACCCUGAUCUUGCUGUUACAACUUGAUGAUACUGCUCUGGGUCAAGAGGAAGUAACUUUUCUUGAUUCUCCGCCGUUCCUUUCGAUAUUCCGUAAUCUGCACGAAUUGCUUUUCAACGCCGUCGGACCGAACAGUGAAAAUCCCAUUCGAUUGCAGAAAGCUCGCUCGCUAGGGAAAAUACAAACUCCCAUUCCUGAAAGUCAACCUUUCCCGUGCCCGACGGAAGGUAUGCGUAGUGAAAAACCUCCGAAUUCGGUGCACAACCUGCGUCCCGGUGAUAUCGAUGUCGUAGCGGCCCUGGGAGAUUCGCUGACAGCCGGCACAGGUGUGUUGGCGACCGAAGUUCUUGAGUUGGUCAUUGAAAAUCGUGGGCUCUCGUGGAGCAUCGGUGGGCAAGGAACGUGGCGGCAAUAUCUUACCCUCCCAAAUAUUCUGAAGGAGUUCAAUCCAAAUCUUAAUGGCUACGUUGUGUCGGAUAGUUUAUCCACACAUAAGGAAUCAAGAUUUGAUGUGGCCGAAAUCGGUGGAAUGAGUCAGGAUUUACCUCAUCAGGCCAGAAAUCUAGUAAAACGUAUGCUAGGGGAUCCCAAAGUGGACAUAAAGAACCACUGGAAAUUAGUAACGAUACUGAUGGGACAUAAUGAUUUUUGCAGCAGAGUCUGCUACCUCCCAAAGCCAGAAAAAGCACUGUAUUACCACGAACGCAAUCUCUUACAAACGUUACGAAUACUUCGCAAGUUCCUGCCUAGAACUAUGGUGAACAUCGUUGGCACGAUAAAUGUUAAUAUCUUGAAAACAUUCCGACCCCGGCCCGCGCAGUGCAUCACAUUGCACAGGGUAGAGUGUUCCUGUGUGUUCGGUUCACGGUUUGCCCACAUCCAAUCCCGACUGGAUCGUUUGAUGAAACAAUGGAACAGGAUACAGCAGAGCGUGGCCGAGCGGGACGAGUUUCAAAGUGCAUCCGAUUUCACGGUCAAUUAUCAGCCGUUCUCGGCUCAGCUGGUCCUGCCAACCCUGGCCAACGGCGACACAGAUCAGAGAAUGGCAUCGGUCGAUUGUUUUCACCUGAGCCAGCGGGGACACGCGCUUGCGGCCAACACAUACUGGAACAACAUGAUUGAUUUGGUGGGAAACAAGUCCGAGCUGGUGCUGAGAGAGUUUGAACGGUUUAAUUGUCCGCAGGUAGAUAAACCUUUUCUAGCGACUCUGAAAAAUAGUCUUAAAAUGUAG